CGCGGCGGCGGGCGCUGGCCUGUCCGGGGCCUGUCUUGCCCCGGGGCUGCGCCUGCCCGCGGCCGCCAUGGAGCUGGAGGUGCCUGAGGAGGCGGAGGGCUCGGCCGCGGCGGGUGCCGGUGCCAUCACUCCGGAGGCCGGCGUAGGGGGACCGGACGCGUCAGGAGGUCUGGGCCUGAAGAAGACUGCCAUCACUGAGGGCCCAUCACUGCCAGGACAGCCAGGCCAAGGAAAGAAGAUUGGCCAUCGAGGCGUGGAUGCUUCUGGGGAAACCACCUACAAAAAGACCACCUCAUCCACUCUGAAGGGGGCCAUCCAGCUGGGGAUUGGAUAUACUGUGGGCAAUCUGAGCUCCAAGCCAGAAAGAGAUGUCCUGAUGCAGGACUUCUACGUGGUGGAGAGCAUUUUUUUCCCAAGCGAGGGCAGUAACCUCACCCCGGCUCACCACUACGCUGACUUCAGGUUCAAGACCUAUGCCCCAGUGGCUUUCCGGUACUUCCGAGAGCUCUUUGGGAUUCGUCCAGAUGAUUAUUUGUAUUCGUUAUGUAACGAGCCUCUGAUCGAGCUGUCCAACCCUGGGGCCAGCGGCUCCCUCUUCUAUGUCACCAGCGACGAUGAAUUCAUCAUAAAAACUGUGAUGCACAAGGAAGCUGAAUUCCUGCAGAAGCUCCUUCCUGGAUACUACAUGAAUCUGAACCAAAACCCCCGGACGCUGCUGCCCAAGUUUUAUGGACUGUACUGUGUGCAGUCCGGGGGCAAAAACAUCCGCGUGGUCGUAAUGAACAACAUCCUGCCUCGAGUGGUGAAAAUGCACCUGAAGUUUGACCUCAAAGGUUCAACCUACAAACGCCGGGCAUCCAAGAAGGAAAAAGAAAAGUCCAGCCCCACGUACAAGGAUCUGGACUUCAUCCAAGACAUGCCUGAGGGCCUGAUGUUGGAUGCAGACACCUUCAGUGCUUUGGUGAAGACGUUGCAGCGAGACUGUCUGGUAUUGGAAAGUUUUAAAAUCAUGGACUACAGCCUCCUGCUUGGAGUUCAUAACAUAGACCAGCACGAGCGGGAGCAGCUGUCAGAGGGAGCCCACAGCACGUCGGAUGAGAAGCGUCCCGUGGGGCAGAAGGCCCUGUACUCCACAGCCAUGGAGUCCAUCCAGGGAGGGGCUGCCCGGGGGGAGGCCAUCGACACUGACGACACGAUGGGAGGGAUCCCCGCAGUGAACGGCAAAGGAGAGCGUCUCCUGCUGCACGUAGGCAUCAUAGAUAUCCUGCAAUCAUACAGGUUCAUCAAGAAGUUAGAACACACCUGGAAGGCCCUUGUCCAUGAUGGGGACACGGUGUCAGUACACAGACCCAGCUUUUAUGCAGAGAGAUUCUUCAAAUUCAUGACCAACACGGUGUUUCGAAAGAAUUCCUCUCUGAAGUCAUCCCCCUCGAAGAAAGGGCGCAGUGCCUUGCUGGCCGUGAAGACAGCGGGUCCCACGGCGGCGUUCUCGGCCAGCCAGCUGGCCUCCGAGAAGGAUGACACCCAGUACGACCUGCGGGCGGCCAGGAGUUACCCCACGCUCGACGAUGAAGGUGACAGCCCCACUCAGGGUGCUAAACCUAACCAGGACAGGGAAGAAGCAGGCAGGCCAGACCUGCUCCCUUGCACUCCUCCUUCCUUUGAAGAAGCUACCACGGCCUCCAUAGCCACGACACUAUCAUCAACAUCUCUCUCUGUUCCCGAGCGAUCCCCCUCGGAGACCUCUGAGCAGCCCAGGUACAGGAGGCGUACACACUCCUCAGGGCAGGAUGGCAGGUCACACGAGGAGGUGCGGGUUGAGGAGGAGGUUCAGCAGAUCAGUGUCGAGCUGGAGCCCAAGUGUGAUGUUGAGAUUCUAGCUCCUGAAGAAGAAGAAGAAGUCAAAGAAGAGGCAGCUUCUUCAGCCUGUGCCAUUGUCACAUCCACAGCCACCGUAGAGGUGGAGACGGCCAGCCAGGCCUCGGAACCAGCCAGCCAGGCCUCAGAUGAAGACGACGUGCCAGUCACAGACAUCUACUUUUUCACAGAUGGGAGGUACUGGAUUUACUCUCCCCGCCAGCGCAGACUCCGAACUACCUCGCGUUCCUCUGGGAUUCCGACAGACGAGAGGAGUUGGGUUUACUCCCCGCUCCACUAUAGCGCUCAGCUCCACUCUGUCUCCGAUGAGGAGAGCGAUACAUAAUCUCUAUGCAGACACAGAAGUCCCAGAGAGCAGUGAUUCCCUCUGCAGGUCGAUGUGUUCCCUUUUCGUUGAUGCAGCCAUUCCGGUGGGAUGGGGAAGAGCUUGCUGACACCAGUAUUGCUGCACUGCAGGAUUCCGGGCACUGCGUUUCAGAAUGGAGCAAAACUAUAACCAUGUAUUUCUACUUACCCCAGAUGUGGGCAGCAAAGAAACCACCCACUCACCCGCAGCUCCCAGCAGAGAAUUCCAGCUGGGUGUAGAGAAUCCUGGGUAGUAACACAGUGUUUUCCAGACGUGCACUACCGCAGCUACCUAUCCAUGUGUGAUACUGUGAACCUUUUUAAUUUUUUAAUCAUGUAUUUAUUUCUUUUAUCUUUGCACAGAGACAGCACAAAUGUGCUUUUUAAAACAUUUAGUUUACUGCACUUUUUUUUUCUUUUUUUUUUUCUUUUUUUUUCCUUUUUUUUUUUUUUUUUUUUUUUUUUUUUUUUUUUUCAUAUAUUUGUGCAUCAAAAACAAGCAUGAGACUUCACUGAAGAAUGGGUAGGAGCACAUUGCUGGGGAGGGCAGGGAGCGGAGUGGCUUCAUGUGAGGCAGCAGUGUGGUCUGAUCAACUGGGGGAGUCAGGAAGUUUAAGGCUGUCCAGACUCUGCCAUGUUUUUUCCAAGUGGCCCAAGGCAAGUCACUAAACCACUCUGUGCCUCGGUUUCCCCAUGCUAAUGGGUACACAGUACCUGCUUCUGUUACAGCACUUAAACCCUGGGAUGAAAGGUGCUAUGAAAAUGAAAUGUAUUAAAGGCCAUGGAAUAGAAUUGCUCCCAUGUUACCAUAGUCCAAAGUAACCAUGCCAAUUCACUAGGAUCCAAAUUCUCUAGUGACUUCUCCUGUCUGUAACACUGUGCGGGGCAGCACACAGUUCCUGGUGACAGUGACAUGGACUCCUCAGCUCUCCCCAAAGCCACGAUGGGUUCCACCUUCACCCUGUGCUGCACUGCUGCGCCCCUCCCUCCGUGCUUGGAGUCAGCACUUCAUCCGACCGGCUGCCGCCUGCUCCAGACCCGCGGUCGCGGACACAUGGGAACUGGGCUCCUCCCAAGCCCGGCCACGUUGGAGGGCGAGUUCCUGACUCUGCCCAGCCCACAUGGGGCUUGUCCACACCCUGCAUCCUUCUGGAGCCACCCAGCCCCUCACGUGCUCAUGGGUGUACUCUGGGGUCACGGACACUGGAUUCACACAUCCCCUCUGCCCCUCAGGGCAAGCAGGGAGACCAGGGCACAUCCACACCUGGAGGCAGGAAUGGGAGCCUGGCUCUGCCACGGAAUUGUGCCAGCAGUGCUGUGCUCAUGGACUCUUGGACAAAAAGCUGGGUGGCUGGGGUGUUGCCUGGGGUCACGACUGAUUGUGGAAAUCCCUGCUGUGGGUGUCUGAGAGGGUUUGCUUUGCGAAGGCUACGGGCUCUAAGUGAGAGAAUUUGACGUCACGGGGUAGUGUUCAGGCUCAUCCAUCAGCAGGACACACAGCAUAGUCUGGAAUCCAGCAAUCCCAUCCUCAUCUCCCUGAGAGAAAACAGGAAAUCCUUUAGACCAGAGGGAGACAGGUCUUGUUCGUGUGCUUUAUGAACCUCGCUUAAGAGGGUUGAAAUCUCUUUAUUCCCUUUACAAUCUACACUGUCCUUGGGAUUCCAUGUAGAGGGGUGGGGAAGAGGGACCCUGCUCUCUCAGGCCUCAGCCCCCUCUGUCUUCACAGUAGCACUCAGGAGCAGUUAUGUUGGGUCCCAGAAGGUAGCUGGGCUGAUGAGAAGCUCUUCCUUCUGUAUUGUACUGAACUUAGUAAGAAUCUUCAUGAAUUGAUGGUUUUUUUCUUGCACGGAAUACAGGACCUGGACUUCCCUUCCCUGCCUGUAGAUGCAGAAGGCUGUGAGUUGUGCUUCUUGGGAGCACAGUCCGGGGAUUGUGCAAGUUGCUGCUGUUCAUGUAUCCAUGUAUUUACCAAACAGUCUAUCAAAAGUCUCUCAAGAAAAUCUCCCAUUUCUGUUGCUGCUUGGCAGAUUGUUCUCCCAGCUGCAGCUCCUGCCCCAUCUCUCCUUCCUGUGCCAUCUGGGGGGCUCUGCAGGCUGGGGGAGCUCGGGGACUGGUGGAGGGGAAUGGGAGCUGUGCAAUACCUAUAGCCUCACCUGCAUUUGGGCUCAAGGGAAGGGGCUUCAAAAAGCUGAAAAUUCAAAAUUUUCUUCCAGCACUGUGUGUAGAACAGCCAGAGAGAGACACAUCCCUGCUGCUGGGUGCUAUGCUGGAGGAGGGGGCUUUACAGGGAAACUGGAGUGGGCUUGAGCUGUUCUGACCCAGGCCCCUGCCCUGGGACCACCUCAUUCAGGGGCUGGAGGGUUUGGGCUCAUCAGGACUUUCCAGCCACCUGAAAUCGAGCAUCUUUUUUGAGAUGGUUUAAGUAUCAUUGAUGGAAAUUUUAUUCCUUCCCCUCAUUUCUACGCGUCUCUAAAGCUUGGCCUCUGUGCAGGGAGUGUUGCAGAGAAUGAGCUUUGUGAGCUGGAGCUGGGCUUGGGUCCUGAGAGAGGGGGUGAACCCAGAGCUCCUGUAGCAUGUUCAUUCAAAGAAUUGUCUUCCCUUUUUGAGAUGAUCCUUGUGCAGUUCUGUAAUGCUGGACCCUUUGGAGCAGGUCUGGAUGGGGUGGGGUGGUCCUGUAAGAGCACAGGCAAAGGCUUAGAACAGCUUUGUCAAGGGGACAAAGGAGGAACCUUCCUGUAGGCAGAUGUUGAUCUGGAAUGGAAACUGCCCCUGUUCAGGCUGGCACAGUCCCUGCUGUGUCACCUUCUGUCCCAGCAGCUCUCUGCUGGGGAACUGUUCGGCCUCUGCUUCCCAUGGAGGCUGAAAGGACCUUGGAUUUUAGAGCUCACUCUUGGCUCCCUCUGCAUGGCACUGCAGGGGAGCAGCCAAAGCUCUGGAGCACGCCACAAGUACUGCCAGUGCUACCCGGGCAGGGGGAAUACUUGCCCAUGGGAAAGAUUGCAUCCUUGGUCUGAGUUUUCCUCCAUCUGCACUUCAGCUCAUUCUGGACAGAGUUGCUGUUCUCUGCCGGACUGUCUUGAAUGACCCAGCAGGUGCUGUCCGGGUUCUCCAUCAUUAAAGGAGGCACCAUGAGUCCUGUACUCUGAGAUUUAACCCUGCAGGGCAGCCCCUUCCCACACAUGUCUGUGUGCCACUGCAGUCCUUCAUCCCCAUUGUCCCCAGCUGGGAUCUCAGACUGUGGGACAUGCCAUGACCAUUGCCUGCUGCUGGGGCUGCAGUGAGCUCUCCCUGCCAGGCAAGAGACUGGCAGAAGAAAAUGGCAUCUCUGUCCGAGUUUGCAGUCAGGCUCCUCUAAAGGCUCUGGAAAAAACCCAGGAGCUCAUAGAGACCCUCAACAUACACAGGGGGGAUGCAGCUUUUGGUUGCCACUGCCUCUCUGGCCACGUGUACCAAAAUUGCACUUUGGGGACUUUUUAGUGAAGCCAGAGCACUCACAGGCCUUGGUCAAAGGCAGGCAGAGGUGUUCGCAGGGCUCCAUCACUCCCCGCGUUCCCCUUCUCAUUCCCAGCCACUGCUCCAGCGCUUCCCGAAUGGACAAGGAGAAAGCCAGGGCUGAGGCGUCUUGGGACAUGUCUGAGGGGUUUUUUCUGUCCGUGUCUACACGCGCCAAGUCUGUCCUGGUGGCUGUCCCUGUUCCCACGCAGUCUGUCCUGGUGGCUGGCCCUAUCCCAACGCGUGUCCCGGUGGAUGUCCCCGUGGAUGUCGCUGUUCCCACACAAACCGUGUCCGCACUGCGCGUGCACCGUGAGCGAACGUACGGCAGAGGGGGCGCGGACGCUGCGACCGGACGGGGACGCCGAUGCUGGGGUGUUACCCCGUCUCUGUUCCGGGGACUCGAGGCCCGGGCGCUUUUUUUCUCUUCUCGGUUAUUUUGAGGGGUUUUCCUCCUCCUUCUCCAAGGAGCCCCUUUUCCAGAGGUCUGUACCGCGCUCUGAUAAAGCGUUCUGCAGUCUGUGCUGUGCUC